AGAAGUCACAAGUUUCCCUUGCAAAUUAUAAGUUCGUUUUUUAAGCGGAGAUAAGAAAAUGUCUAACAACAGUCAGAACCUGAGUUUCAACGCUGGCCAAGCUAAAGGCCAAACCCAGGAGAAGGCAAGCAACCUGAUGGACAAGACCUCCAAUGCUGCCCAAUCCGCCAAGGAAUCUUUGUCAGAGGGUGGACAGCAGCUGAAGCAGAAAGCACAGGGUGCCACUGAGGCCAUUAAGGAAAAGACGGGAUUGAACAAAUGAGAAAGUUCAGUUUCAAAAAAAAACAAAUGAGAAAGCACGUUCCUAAUAAUAAUUUACUUUUUUAUUCCUACCAUACUACUACUACUACUAAUAAUUAGAUAGGUUUAUCUAUCUAAAGCCUAAGGAUUUCAAACGAAGCCAUUUAGGUAAAAUCUUUUCUGAAUUUUCUAAGUAUAUAGAAUAUCUAUCCAAGGGUUGUUGACUCUUAUCUUUUGAUUAAUAUGUAGCCUUGCAGUUAUUUGAUAUUUAUAUAUGUAAUAAAAAUAUGUGAUGAACGUAUAUUGGAACACA